AUGUCCUUCUUUUCACGAGUCUUCAGGGGCAAAGACUCCAACGUGAAGAAACACUCCCCCACCACCACCGUCGAUACCGCACCCGCCAAACCCAAAUGGACCGACGCAUGGCAGAGGACAGAGGUCGCGCCAGAGGAAGUGCAAGACCUGGUACGAGGUUGUGUGCAUGAACUCAAGGCCCGAGCUCUUGACACCCCAUUCCUCCUCCUACCAUUCCGCCCCAGCUCAGAUCCGAGCGCGGCUCGCACGUUCAUUCGCAAUUACUUCAAUCAGUCGUUUGAGAAGGGGUCACCGGUCAACGGGGAUGUCUUGGUACAGGAACUUAGGCUUACGGAGCCGAUGGUUCUCUGUGGGGUGAUGAAAUGGUGCUGGAGCAGACUUCCCGGUGGUGUAGUCACCUGGGAGGCAUAUGAGACUUUCAAAAUGGGUGAACAUGAUUCGGAUAUGGCCCGGGACGCCUUUUCAACCUUUAUACCCAUCGGUGGCGACUCUGAAGCCCGCACGAAUAUCAUUAUCGACUUCUUCGACCUUUUGGCUGCCAUUGCAGCGCAUGGAAAGUCCAAUGGACUGGGUGGACGAAAGCUGUCCCGAUAUGCUGGAUGGUGGGCCUUCGAGCACGUCGACACAGGCGGUGGCUUUGAAGCGGCCUACAAGAGCUGGGCUGCUGCCGCCGACGCAACCAGCCAUCUGUUCUUCGCCUACCUCCGUUCCUUGACCCCCGAUGUCCCACGCGGCGUGAGCGGCAUUUCCUCGCUGCCAAUCUCCCUCCAAACCCUCGUCGAAGCAACUGAAUAUCCCCCUGAGACCCCAACCUUGCUACAAGUUACGACCACGAAGGUGGUCAUGAUUGUGGAGAAUGUCUCGCCAACACCGUUCUCCCUCCUGCGACGCGCCAAGAACUUCGAAUACCGCGACGACGACUGGCACCUGCAGGAAUUCGCCAACUACGACGAUCCUGUCAGCGCAUUGACCGACGAAUGUCUCCGCGUCCUCAAGUGCAUUUCCUCCGCGAACGAGUCGAGCGUGUCGAGCACGAAGCAGUCCACCAGCUUGCGGGAUGCAUCCUGGUCUCGUUUCGAAGAUAUUGGAUUCGGCGGCUCAAUUGAGUCGGACGAGGAGGACAAGAAGGAUACUUUGCCCCCACCUUCAAGGAAGAGUGGAUCUGCCGGUGGAUUGAGCAAUGUGCCUAAAUCGGGAACUGGGGAUCUCGGUCGUCCCACUACUCCCUCAUGGGCUGACUUUAUGUCCUCUGGGUUUGCGGACGAGAAUAACCUCAAGACCCAUGUGAGCCCUUUGCUUUUGCCCCCUGAUAAGGUCCUUCCUCCAAUUGCAACGGCCCGUGGACAGAGCUCCCAGUCUCACAAGCGCUCGUUGGAUGAUGAGCCUCUUGAGCCGGCUGAGCUGGCCAGUAUCAACACUCUGGACAUGGAUGAUUCAUUCUGGUGGGUGUGGAUCAGCAGUUUGUCGGCCGAUGAGCCCUCUGCUCGCAAGGCCGUCUUUGGUCGAUGCGCUCUCCUGGAGACUGUUAUCCGGGACACAAAGUGGUUGGUCCUUGAGGAGCAAAUCAAGGGCGCUGCCCCUGAGCCUGAUGCCGGUGCACAGAUUGUCGAGAAGAAGAGAUUCUUCAGCUUUGGUAGCCGCAAGGGCAAGCUUAACCGCCGCAAGUCCACAGCCAAGAAAGUCUCUCCCAUGGAAGAGGCCUACAAGAGGCCCAACAACCCAGGAUCGCAGAGUAAGACUAGCAUUGGUCCUGAUCAGCACAAGCGGAUCCAGGCAGCUGCAGCUGCUCUUCAGAAGAAGCAUCGCGAGCAUGAAGCAGAGGCAAACCAGAACAAGGUUGAUGCCAAGACCGAGCGUUAUUCCAAGACUAACUCUGUGAUGACGCUCCAGCCUGCCAUAGUAAACGAAGCCUCCCAAGCUAUGAAGUGGACUAAGAACUACGACAAGGGUGCUUUCCGGGCAGCCUACCUCAAGGAUACCCGCGCUGGAACUGGUGCGGCUGAUGAAGAGAACGACGACGUCGAGCAGCAAACCGAGGAAACCAAGGAAACACCCAGCACGCCUGCGGUGACCGAUGCUGAUGCUACAGCUGCUGCUCCCGCGCCCCCUCCCAAGGAAGCACCCGCCGCAGCUAUUGCCGCCCCUCUUCCACCAUCUCCGGAACCGGAGACCAAGAAGGCCGUCAAGGUGACCACCCCCGAAGAGGAUAAGGCUGCCACCAAGCCCGACAUUCUUGAGCAGGCUGCCGAGCGCCACGAGUCAGAGUCUGUCGAUGAGGCGAAGAAGCUCAAAAAGAAGAAUGGCAACUCCACCUUCAAGAGCAUGUUCGGCACAAAGAAGAAGCCCGAACAGCAGCCACCCAUGAAGAACAUCGGAACCAAAGAGGUCUCAAGCGUAGCCGCUGCACGCGCAGCACUCGAAGCCAAGCACAAAGCAGCCCAAGAAUCCACCCCUGUGAAAAAGAAGCCUCUCCGCAAAGACGCAGCCGUCGCAAUCGAGCCAGUGACCAAACAAGAGAAGCCACCAACCCCCCAGCAAACGCAAGAGCAACCCCAGCCCGAGCAGCGCGAACCCACCGAGCCUCCAACCCCAACCAAGCCCUCCUCUUCGACAGUCGAGAACGGCGCGCCCCCUCGAACCAGACGCGCAGUAGAAUGUGAUGCCCUGUCCCGCAUCGACACCCUCGAACGCGAUGCUGCAGACCAAGAAUUCUCCAAAUUCGACCAGGGCCCCAUGGUCGACCAGCCUGCUUUCGCCCCUGACUCUCCCGUCUCUUCUGUCCACGAACCAGAACCCACUGCCCUCCCGCAGACUCCUGUCAACGGCCAUGGCAAUGGUGUUCCCGAGACGCCGGAAUCCGACCCACAACAAGAUCGAUGGAAGGCGAUUCGCGAAGCCGCAGCUGAGCGUAGUCGCGCCAACGGACACGGCCAGCAUGAGCCUGAGCAGGAAACCGAGCCGGAGACUGAGACUACCACUCGAACCAGCCAGUCUGAGCGCACUGACGAGGGUGAAACCAGUGGAGAAGAGACUAUCGAAUCUCGUGUUGCUCGCAUCAAAGCCCGCGUUGCUGAAUUAACCGGCGCCACGGAAGAUGGACAGAAACCCUAG